GUUACGUUUCUGCAAGAAAGAAGAAAAAAAAAUUAUACAUACAUAUAAAUAAAUAAAUAUAUAUUUGCUCGUAAUUCAAUUGAAUGUGCUCAUACAACUCUAAGUUUGAUCACUUGCUUUUCUCUGGAUCACAAGAACUCAGUUGUUAAUGAUGGCUGGCAGUGAAGGUGAUGUUGGGGGUUAUAAGGGUUUAGAGGGUGAGACAGAAUUGUGUUCACACCAGGAUCUGGUGAAUUGUGGUGGGAACAGGUUUGAGGGUGAUGGGAAUGGGAAAGGCAAUGUGGGUGAUGAUCUUGGUGGUUCUUAUGUUUUUGUUAGCGGUGUCGGUGAGGUUAGGGGUGGUUUUAUUGUUGAGGGGAAUUCUGAUGGGGAGGUUAGAGAUGGGGUGGAGUUGAAGGGUGACGGUGGUGGAGGAAUUGAUCAUGAUUUUGCGGCGGAGGUGGAUAAAGAGGUGGACUUGCAUGGUGAAUUUGUUGGGGAGGUUGUUGAGAGUGUGGCGAGCGGUGAGGUGGAGAAUGGUAAGGAUGAUUUUGAGGGGACGGUUGAGGGCGGAGUUGAGUUUGAGACGAGAGAGAAUUUGGAGGCUGAGGCUGGCAAUGGUUUAGAGAUUGGAGAGAGUGAGGGGAUGGUUGAGGAUCGAGUUAAGUUUGAGCCUGGAGAGGAUUCAGAGUCUCGGGAUGGAAAUGGUUUAGAAAUUGGAGAGAGUGGGGUGACAGUGAUUGUAUCAGUAGGGGAUGGUGAUUUGUUGGAUAAGAGCAUAAAGGAUGUGGAUCAGGAUAUUGUAGUCUCAGUAUCUGAGGUGGGAGAGAGUGAGCAAGUGGAUAUGAUUGGUAUGGGGGCUUCUGAAUGUGGACUGGGAAAGCUUGAUGCUCAGAUUGGGGAGGAAGUGUCACAGGAGCCAACUAAGCUGAAGUCUGUAGUGGGAGAUAUGGAAUCUCAAAUUAGAAUAUCUGCUGAUCCAUUGCUCUGUGAAUUUGAGAAAGAUCAGAACAAUUUAAAGCAAAUAAAAGAUUUGAGUAGUGAUGCAGAACUUAUACAGAGCCAGGAGGGGGUGAUUAAAUUAGACGACACAAAUGAAAUUGAUAAGAGUGUAAAGGCUGUCGAGCAAGAUCUCAUAGGCUCGCCUGCAGAUUUCGAGGGUAAUCGGUCAAACACCUUUGCUUCGUGGGCUGAUAUAUGUGAGUUAGAAGAGAUUCAGGCUGGAAUUGAGCUUGAUAUUGGAGAUGGAGAUCCGAAGGAGCAAAAUGAGCUGAAUUCAGUAAAAGAAAGUUUGGAAUCUGAAAUCAGGACCACAGAAUCUGUUAACUGUGCGUCCCAUGAUCUUGAAGAAAACCAGGACAAGUCUAAACAUAUGACGGAUUUGGAUAGUGAGAUUGAUGGGAGUGUUCAACUGGGUAGUCAGACUAAUGCAGUAGCGGAUGAAGGAGUCAAUUGCACGGCUGCUGCAGAUGAUUUUAUAGUUGGUAGAGACAAACACCUUGAUGAAUGCAUUGAUGGAAGCCAAAGUGUAGACAAACAGGAUUCAACUCUCUCAGAUGCUGCAAAUCCUUUUUCCAUGGACAAAGUGCCAAUUGAAAGUGGUGAAAAAUUCACUGCUGGUACAGAUGAUUGUGAAGCAGCGGAACAUGAGGCAUCCAGAAGUUUUGUAGCUCAGGAAAUUGGUGCAGUAAACUCGACAGAACUCGACUCCAAUAUAACUAAAACUUAUGCUGAAUCGAUUGGGCAUGUUCCAGCUAAAAUCUUUAGAAGCAGCUUUGCUAGUAUUGAUGAUGGUACAGUUUCAGACCAAGGACCUGUGGAUGCUGACUGCGGAGCUGGCUUAGUUCAGGGGUAUGAAGAAGAAAGAGUAGCCCAUGAUAUCGACACCAGAUCUGUUAGAGGUCGAAGUAAAAUUUCACAGUUAAAUCUUGGGGAACAGAGAAUUGUAUGCACACAAUCUCUCGAGCUGAAUGGAAACCCUGAUGAUGGUAUAGUGCCACAAGUUCAAAGCGAUGAAAUUUUGCAGUCUGAUUGCAAUGAUGCUACAAUAACUGAUGAUGGUACAGUUUCAGACCAAGGACCUGAUUAUGCUAACUGCGGAGCUGGCCUAGUUCAGGGGUAUGAAGCAGGAGUAGCCCAUGAUACUGACACCAGAUCCGUCACAGAUCAGUGUAAUAUUUCACAAUUAGAUCUUGGGGAACAGAGAAGUGACUGCACACAAUCACCCGAGCUGAACGGAAAUCCUGAAGAUGCUCAUGAUGAUUGUAUAGUGCCACAAGUUCAAAGUGAUGACAUCUUGUGCUCUGAUUGCAAUGAUGCUACAAUAAUUGAACCAGAAGUUAGGCGUCUAGUUUGUCCGAUUAUAGACAAGUCUGAAUUGGAAACUAAGCCUCUUGAUACAAAAGAUCUGAAGACUGGGAUCUUCUCUGUAACUAAUGGCAGAAAAUUCAAAAAUGGAGUUGAUAAUGGUCUUUCGAGUUGCGCUCCUAAUGAUAUGAGGUCUGUGAUGAAGAUUGAGUUUGGUACUAUAGACUCGCCAGAGGAAGUUAUUGAAUCGGGUUACAGUUCACUUUCCGAAUCCCAAGUCUUGAAUGGAGACAUUGAAUGUAACCAGAAACAGGCUAUCUUCACAACUGAUUCAGUCGAGUCUGAAAGUUGUGCUGAUAUGAGUUUUAAAACUGAUGUUCAAAAUCAUUCUGCCAUGAACCAUUCUGAUAUGCCUUGCCAAGAUUCAACUGUAGCUAAACGUUCUAUUGGUGACUCUGUAGAUGGGCAAAGUCUGGUAAAUGUGGCGAAAGCAAAGCCAUUUCAGUUCCUCGCAAAAUUUCCUAGAAUUGAUGAUGAUAAGAUUCGAGAACAGAUAAGAGAUUCUCAGCUCUUAGUUGAGGAUAAGACUGUUCUAAGAGACAAUAUUAAACGUGAAAUCGAUAUAACAAGGGCCAGUCUCCAGUCACUUAGGGAUGAGUUUGAAGCUACAAAGUCAGAUGAGAGAGCUGCAAGGAGACUAGUUAAGCUAAAGAGGCAGGAAAUAGACUCUGUUCAAGAUAAAAUUAAUAGAGUAAAGAAUUCAGUUUCAGUUAUGGAUAUUACUAACAGGAUAGCACAUAUGGAACACAUGAUGGAGCAUGAGACCCGUCCAUUAAAGGAGGAAAGGCAGUUGCUUCACGAAAUUAAUGUGAUGAAGAAGCUACGAGGUCAAAUAUCUUCAAAUGUCUGUUCCCAAGAGGAAGUUACUCAGGCUCUGAAUGAAGUAGAACCUACAGAGAUCCAGCUAAAGACAUUAAAGAAGGAACUUGGUGAUCUCAAGAACAAGGUUUCUAAAGCUGAAGCUGCUGUUAUACUGCUAGGAAAGGAUUACAAUGAUGAAAGUAGAAGGCUAAGAGAAUUACAGGCUCGGUUCCGAGCUGCAAAUGAUAUUCGGCAAAAUGCAUACAGAUAUCUCUUUGGUUUGAAAAGGCAAUUGCAUGAGAAGAGUAAGCAUUAUUGGAUGUACAAGGAUGAUGCAAAGGCAGCUAGUGAUUAUGCGCUAAACCGAGAUAAAGAGGCACUUUAUCGUCUUUGCGCUAAACAGGUCGAAACGUUCAUGGACCUUUGGAACAAGAAUGAUGAGUUCCGAGAAGAUUAUGUUAGAUGCAACAUGAAGAGUACUCUUAGGAGAUUAAAGACAUUGGAUGGCCGUUCACUUGGCCCUGAUGAGGAGGUACAUGUCCUCCCUGUUAAUGUGGGUGCAAGAGAGGUUCCGAAAUUCUAUAAUCCUUCAAGAACAACCAACCUAUCAUCACCUACAAUUUUGAAACAAGAAAACACAGUGGAAGUGGUUGAAGGGGAACAGAUAGAUGGUAAUAUCUUGGUGGUGUCAGAGCCAAAGAGCAAGAUGUUGAAAAUUAAAACAUCUGACAACCCUAUUCCGGAGAGUGGCUUGCAUACUGGUUCUGGCCAGCUUGAGACUGAGGACACAAGGGAGGAAGCGAAACAGCAAACAAAGGAGGAGCUGGAAUUGGCGAUGAAGACUGAGAUAUUAAGAAAAGAGGAGAUUGCUGCAAAGUUGAAGGAGCAACUUCGACAGGAGGAGAAAGUGAAAGCUCAGGAAGCGAUUGAGAGGAAAAAGAGAAAUGCAGACAAGGCCCAAAUGAGGGCCGUGUUACGAGCUCAAAAGGAAGCUGAACAGAAGGAAAAGGAGAGGGAAAAGCGUUUGCGAAAGAAGGAAAAGAAGAAUGGUGAUGGUGAAAUUGGCCUAGAACCUCAGACAAACCAUAUUAAGGAUGAGAGUAAGGAUAGUGCUCCAACAAAACCUAAUAAAACUUCACAUUUCAACAAGCACAGCAAAGCAAAAGCUACUAUCCCUCCUGCUCUUCGAAACAGGGGGAAGAGACGCUUGAAACAAUUAAUGUGGUGGAUUUUUGGUGGGCUGAUUGUUCUUUUUAUAUUCUUGGCGGGGAAUGGUGGAGCUUUUAAGAACCUCAGAUCUCGGAAAGAUGACAGUUUGUUUGGCAACCAUCCCCCAGCGCAGCCUAUUUGGCAAUCUUAGGCAGAGGCAUUUCUAAAUCCUGUUCCUAUUUGUCUGGUGUUCACCAUGACUAAUUUGAGUCUUUUAUUUGUUGAACUUGUUUUCAGUUGGCAACAUUGCCUUGGUUUCGUCGCAUGUAGAUUGUAGAAAAAGGUUCUUUUACUAUGUUAUGUAAAAACUAUGUUAUGUAAAAAAAUAGGAAAAUAUAAAAAUUUCAGAUAUGUACUAACAUAAAUCCUGUUUGUCGGUUUA